GGAGGUUUGCAGUUUGGAUUGCCCAAAACGACUUCAAGGAUGAAUGAGAUGAAAGUAGCUGUUUUGGGCAGCGAAGGGACAGGCAAAUCUGCCCUUACAGUGCGUUUUCUAACCAGGCGUUUCAUUGGAGAAUAUGCCUCUGAUUCUGAGUGCAUCUACACAAAACAUAUGUGUCUGGAUGGAAAACAAAUUAACCUGGAAAUAUAUGAUCCUUGCUCACAACCUCGGCAAGGAAAGCUGUCCCUCACAGAUGAGCUCCACUGGGCAGACGGCUUCGUCGUUGUCUACGACAUCAGUAACAGAACCUCCUUCACUUUUGCAAAAGCGCUGCUGUACAGGAUACGCGAGUGUCACGCGGGAGCUUGCAAAAGAGCAUCUGAGUCUACCGUCAUUUUGGUUGGGAACAAGCAAGAUCUGUGCCACAUGCGAGAAAUUGGCUGGGAUGAAGGACAAAAGUUGGCCCUGGAUUACAAAUGCCAAUUCUGUGAACUGUCUGCGGCAGAACACUGUCAGGAAGUGGCGGCCAUGUUCACCAAAGUCCUGAAGAACGUCACCACUAGUUCCAAAGGGAAGGAGAAGAGACGGCCCAGUGGGUCAAAAUCCAUGGCCAAAUUGAUCAACAACAUGUUUGGGAAGAGGAGGAAGUCUGUUUAGUGGCAAGUCCAAUGGCCACAUUCUGAGCAGAAAGAAGAUGCACAAAAAAAGGGACCUAAGCCACAUGGAGCCUGCACCAACGUAUUUGUUCUUGAAGAACUCAAGUUUGAAAGGAAGCCAUAGAACAAGAUUGAAUUAUUCACAGAUUUCUCAUUCAAGGUCUUGUUGAUUGAUGAGCCUCAAGGAAAGGUGAACUUCCUCCAAUGAAAAGUGUUGCACCUGAGUUGACAUCAGGCAUUGCUAAUUCUGUCUGUGGUGAUGAAUUCAUGUGGGAGGAUCCACAUGUGCAGGUUUUGCUAUCACAGCCAAUGGGUAGACAACCUGGCUGCCUUAAUCCACCUAAAUUUACCCAUGACUAC